GCCCAACGGCACUCUCCGCAACUACGUCGCUGACCCGGACAGCCCUGUCCCGCUCGAGGAGAAACUCCGGCUGCUUCACCAGAUAGCCUCGGGAAUGACAUAUCUGCAUGACUGCGGCAUCAUCCACGGCGAUCUCAAGGCGGCCAACGUCCUCCUGGACGAGCACUAUGGCGCCGUGAUUUCGGACUUUGGCCUCUCCCGCACCAAAAACACAUCGGCUUCGCUGAAUCGAAGCAAGGCCAAUUCGUUCGUCGUCGGGACCGAUGGAUUCAUGGCUCCCGAGAUGCUUGAUGACGAUCGACCCAGCGGCACCACCAUGAAGACCGACGUCUUUGCCUUUGCCAUCACCGUAUACGAGGUCCUCAACGACGCUGACCCGAUCUGGGUCACAGACAACGACCAGCCGAUGCACGAACGAGUCAUCGAGAGACAGGUCCGUAUCGGAAACCGUCCGAAACGACUCGACGGCAUCCCCGAUGAUGUUUGGUCGCUUAUCGAAUGCUGCUGGCACCAAGAGCCUGAUCAACGCCCAGCCUUCCCCAAGAUCCUCGCCCUCCUGGAGCCGUACCAGUUGCCAAGCCCAUCAUACCCAUCAGGUCCCUCAGACCCGCUUCCUGCAUCGACGAACGAAUCAGUGUCAGAAUCAGCCUCCCCACCGGUCUCAGUGUCAAGUUCAAAACUAGUGCCAGAGCCAGAUCCAUCAUCCCAAAACAUCCCACGAGUCAGUUCGUUCGCGCCACCGCCAUCGACCCCAACAUCCAAAGAAGUGGAGUCGCUUCCUGACGUCUCUCGUCGUCUGCUGCAACAGGCUCGAAAGGGCGACCCGGAUUCCUGCGUGAAUGUUGCCACAAUCAUCUCGAACAACAAGCUCGCCACCGAUCCUCUCUGGAUCCAAGCCGCCCAAUUCCUCCAGACUGCUGCAAACCAGAAGCAUCCUGAGGCCUGUUUUCACCUCGGCUGGCUUUACUUUGCCGGCAUCGGGCUUGGUCAAAAUGACAUCGAUGCCCUUGUUUGCUGGCAAGAAACGAGCAGGGCCGCUGAUCCGAUACUCAAAUCGAUCGCCACCUUCAUGAUGGGCUGGCUGUGCUAUCUCGGCCGCGGAACAUCACUCGAUAAGCAAGCCGGCAUCGAGCUUAUCCGCCAAAGCAAGGCGGACGGGUUUCCAUUGGGCGAAGAGUGCAUGGACACAAGCAGCCCCGUCGGAUCUGAUUCACCUGCAGCGAGGCGAUUCUUUGAGCUGUGCCAGCUGGGCUCGGAUCGGGACUGGCUGUGUAAGCAUCUCGCCGCUGUAUGUUUUGUCGGUGGGCUGGGGACUGCCAAGGAUCAGACCAAAGCCGUAGCCAUAUUCGAGGAGCUCGCCAACCAGGACUACGACCCGAGCCAACACUGGCUUGGGCACUGCCACAAGAACGGAUGGGGAAGGCCGAUCAACCACGCCUCCUCGAUCAAAUGGUAUACCCGCGCAGCCAACCAGGACAAUUCAUAUGCACAAAACAUGGUUGGGAGAUGCUACGAGGAAGGCUGGGGAGUUACUGUCGACCGCUGCAAGGCUGUCGAGUGGUAUCGUAAAGCAGCCGAGCAAGGAAACCCCUCUGGCCAAAACAACCUCGGCGACUGCUACGAGAAAGGCAUCGGCGUCCCAAAGGACAGCCUUACGGCGGUCCAGUGGUAUAGCAGAUCGGCCGAGCAAGGCAAUGCCUCUGGCCAAAACAACCUUGGUCUAUGCUACUGCACUGGAAACGGGGUGUCCCGGGACUACUUCAAGGCAGCCGCAUGGUACACCAAAUCGGCCGAGCAGGGCAACUCGGCUGCCCAGUAUGCUCUUGGCAGUUGCUACAAGCAUGGCGUUGGGGUUGCCCAGAGCAUUGAGGCAGCUGUGCUCUGGUAUCGCAAAGCAGCCGAUCAGGGAGACGCAGACGCCAAGACGAAGCUCAGGGCCCUUGGUCGCUAGCUGACCCAUGUCCGCUUGAGCCCGGACAGCGAUAACCUGUGUGCGUGUGUAAUGCAAGUCAAAUACAUCCCAUUCAAACG